UAAAAUAUCAAGACGUAUACCCGUGUGGGAGGAAGCAACAGGUGCAAAUCGGCGACUGCGUUGGUUGCGUAUUUCUCAGAAAACCCUUUUCAUCGAACUCCAAGACUUGACAUACAAUGGGAAAGGAUGCGAAGGGCGGAAAGGGUAAAGCAAAACAGGCAGGUGGGAGUGAGGACGGUGGUGCAAAGGGGAAAGCGAAAGGUGGGAAGAGUGCUGAUGGCCUCGGUACCUGCACAUAUGUAAAAGCGAGGCAUAUCUUGUGUGAAAAGCAAGGUAAGAUCAAUGAAGCAUACAAGAAGCUGCAAGAUGGAUGGCUUAGCAAUGGAGACAAGGUUCCUCCAGCUGAGUUUGCAAAGAUAGCGGCUGAAUAUUCAGAAUGCCCGUCGGCAAAGAAAGGUGGAGAUCUUGGUUGGUUUCCACGCGGGAAGAUGGCGGGACCGUUUCAAGAGGUUGCGUUUAACACAGUUGUCGGAGCAACCAGUCCACCGUUCAAAUCAACGCAUGGGUAUCACAUCAUCUUGGCGGAAGGACGGAAGAAUUAGAGGAGGAAGACGAUGACCAUGACCAUCAUAAUAAACCUCAAAUGGUUUUAUGUCUCUUGAACAUGUGAAACAUUUUUAUUAGGAUUCUGCAUUUUGUUAUUUGAUGAUGUAUCAAACUGAUUUUUGUUUUCAUAAUAAUUAAAUAUUUUAUG